AUGGCUACAACCGCGACCGCAUACGCGCCGUCGCUGGCUUUCGAUUACAGCACCAACAACAACAACCACAGCUACAGCGGCUCCUCCUACGACCCCCGUGGCCGGCCUUCCGGCACAGAUCAGCUCACGCUACCGUCUCUCUCCUUCCCCUCGCCCUCGCCGUCCUCUCACCUCACGGACGACGGCGAGUCUAACGCCCAUACCGACGGCGCCGAUAUGUCGUGGGACCCGUACCUAUCCACCGCCUGGCCCUCCUUGCCCUCGUCGAGCUCCUUUAGCCAUCACAGCGUGAGCGGUGCGCGACCACCCCAAGGUCAGAGCCAGAUCCAGAGCCAGAGCAUCCCCGACCCGGCGUAUCCGAGCUACUGGACCACGCCUUCCCCGCCGUCCCCGGCCGGCGCCCAGACAGAAACGGAGGAAUACGCGAGCUUCGGCUCCUCCGACCCCUCCUCGUACUCGCACCACCACCGCUCGUACGACCACGACCCGCGCUCUCGCUCUCAUGAUCAUACUCAUCAGAGCUACCGUCACCCGAACGCCCCGCCGUCUACCUCCUCGUCCUCGCCGCGCUCCACCCGCCCGCCUUCUUCCGCAUCCGCAUCGUCUUCCAGGACCCUGCCCACCGCCGCCGCUUUCACCAAAUCCAAGUCCAAGUCCGAGUCCGUAUCCCACCGUGCGUCCUCUUCACCGACGCGGACACGGACGCGGGUCAAAACCGAGCCUUCGGAGCACGUCGGCGGCGACGGGCUCGUCGUGUUCGAGGUGCCCGAGACGCCGGGAAGCGUCUUCGGCGCGCGCAACCUCCUCGAUCCCGACCGCGGCAACGAAGACGAAGACGAGAACGAAAACGAGAGGGCCGUGACGACGACGACGAUGACGACGACGAGCGAUUUCCCGCUGCGCGCCACACAGGCCAGCCCCGCGAUGCGCAAGAUGAUGGGCGGGUUCAGGUUAGACCCGUUCGCGAUGCACGACGGCAUCCACUCCGCGUCGCGUCUUCCGGGCCAAGGCCGACGCAGGCCGCUCUCUUCUUCGCCUUCGUCUCCGUCUUCGUCUUCGUCUUCGCCUCCCUUCUUUCCGUCCUCGCCGCCGGCGCCGGAGGAAGAAGGGAAGGAGAAGGAGAGGAAGCGGCCGGGGAUGACGAUGUGGGGCGAGGCGCGCGCGCUCGAGCACGAGCCGGUCGAGCUGGAGUGGCAGGCCGUGCUCGCGCACCCGGAUAUCCUUCGUCCCGAGCAAGAACGGGAACGCGAACGGGAGAGGGAGGAGGGCGGGUUGGACGCGGCGGGGUUGAUUCGGAUCGAUGAGGAAGAAGGGGAGGAGGAGGGGUGCCGUGAAGAGCAAGAAGGGGGAGGAGGGAAGAAGAGAGUGGAGCCUGUGCACUCGCCGGAGCCCUCGAUCGGCUCGACGGGCCUCCUCGCGUAUCCGUACGCGUACUACACCGCGCACCGACCACAUCGACAUCAAUACCAGGGCCAACGUUAUCGCCCACCGUCGACGUCGCCGCUCGUGUCGACCGGUUCAGCCGGGUACGACUGCCGCGGGCACGGACGCGUGCAGCCGCAGUUUGAAGAGCAACAGGCACGGACGUACACGAGCGCGGGGACGUACGCGCACUCGGCCCACGGACUCGGGCAAGCACACGUUCUCGGAGCGCGGGGGACGGGGUUGACCGUGCCGCGACGGCCGACGCAUAUGGGCGCGGACGGCGCGGCGGCGACGAGGCUGAUGAUGACGCCCGCGCAGCUCGCGUCCUCUUCUUCCUCGUCCGCCUCCUCGUUGGCUGGAGGGGAUGCGUACCACCAUGAGCAUGGAGAGAUAAGUGGGACGAGGUACGCGCCUCAACCGAUGCAGCGACGGCAGUCUCGGCCCACCGACUACGUGAGAUCGCGGUAUCCCGUGUCGGCCCCGGUGCCGAAUGCGACGACGUCUGCGGGCGGGUCGCCUUCGAGUUGGAUGUCUUGACGACCCACUUCGGGAGUUCGGUCGCAUCCGUUGCUCGCUGAUGGACUAGUGAUCACCUCCGCAUCCUCGGCCCACACAUUGUAAUUCUUGCUCGAAUCGCUUGUUUUUCAUACUUCCUCCCGACAUUUUUCUUCUUCUUUACCGUACAGUCCUCUC